CGGACCGAUUUGCCGACGCACCACCAAUGUCAAACCAUCAAUCCAUGCACUGACCUCAGGAUUUGUUCUUACAUUGAGGGAGCUGCUUCAUUAAACAAUCAGAGGACGAAUACUCUUCACCCGGGAACCUUCUCCCGUCAGUUUAGUCUUCCGUUUGUUCAUCGCGGACUGUCUAACCGGACAAGAUGCGUCUCACGUUGCAGAUGUUGAUCUCCCACGGCCGUAUGGCCCGGAAGAUGGGUCUGAACCCGGAGUCCAGAAUCAACAUGCUGCGGAACAUCUUGACAGGACUGGUCCGACACGAGAGGAUCGAGACCACGAUGGCCCGAGCUGAUGAAGUCCGCUUCUACGCCGAAAAGCUGGUCGAUUACGCCAAAAAAGGAGACACUGAUGAGAAGGCAAUGAAAAUGGCCAGUUUCUGGCUGACGGAAAAGGAUCUCGUCCCAAAGCUCUUCAAGGUCCUCGCUCCACGGUUCGAGAAUCAGACGCAAGGCUACACACGGAUGGCACGCCUCCCCAGCAGACAGAACCUGGACAAAGCUAAGAUGGCCGUCCUGGAGUACAAAGGCAACCCCUUCCCGCCGCUUUAUCCUGUGAGAAAAGACAAUGAACUGACACUCAUCAACCAGCUGCUCAAAGGCUACAGAGAGGAGAGGGCACAGCAGUUAGCUGAGAAGGCUUGAUUAAAACCAACCUGGUGUUGGACCAGAGAUGAUGGUCGCUGAAGGGUGAUGGUGGAAAUGCUUCUGAGGAGUCACCUGCAGAUGUUGCGGCUGAAAGACACUGAUUCAUUUCUUCACCUAAAAACAAUUCAGAUGUCCAGUGUCGACUAAAGCCAAGAAUGUUUCUGUAAAAGGACGUUUAUGACUGAUUGUGUAUUAAUAAAAUAUUAUUUCUUAACAAAA